ACACCGGAUAGGACAGGAGAAGUACUCCAGAUAUAACAAACUGACCCUAGCCCCCCGACACAUAAACUACUGCAGCAUAAAUACUGGAGGCUGAGACAGGAGGGGUCAGGAGUCAUUGUGGCCCCAUCCGAGGACACCACAGGACAGGGCCAAACAGGAAGGAUAUAACCCCACGCACUUUGCCAAGACAUUUUGCCACAACUUUGGAAGUAUGCUUGGGGUCAUUGUCCAUUUGGAUGAUAGUUUGUCAACAAGAAAUUUGUGGCGUGGUUGAAAAACGAGUUUUAAUGACUCCAACCUAAGUUUAUGUAAACUUCCGACUUCAACUGUACCCUUAACAUCUGUGGUAAUCAGGUUUUUAGCUCAUUUCAAAUUCAGGCAGUCAAUUUAGAAGUUAACUGAAAUUCCAAUUGAAAGAUUGAAAAAAGGGAAUCUAUUUUCUGAAAAGGAGACACUAUUUAUGUGAGAAGUUUGGAUUUUAAAAAUUCAUAUCACUUCCUGAAUUGACUGACUUCAAUUGCCACAAGCCAGAGUAAUUGAUUUCUUGUAAAUGGAUACAAAUGUUGUCAACUGCCAGAGAUAACUUAAUUACAGAGGGGAAGCACCAGAGUAUGAAAUCGGACAUGACCCAUUGAUUGCAUUACAAGAGUAAAAAAAACAACAUAGAUCUGAAAGAGUUGUGUGCCAUGGCAUUAUGUUGUUUGGGAGGGAUACCAGAACCAGUAACUGAUUUCAAAAUAAACUCCCAUCACAUUGCCUAUAUAUACCAUGAUCAUCAAACAUCAGAUUAACUGCACCAAACAUCUCUCAUGGGGGCUAUGGAGUCUCCAACAACAGCCUAUAGAAUCUUCAGACGGUAGACAAGCGUGAACCUAGUAAGUAAGCCAUCUGUCCAGUACAACAACUUCCCAUGCUUCGCUCUUAGAUUCCUGGCUAUACAUUCAAGCCAUACUAGACUGUUCAAAUGUAAGUUUAGCUAGUCCUUUAGGAGAAGCCAAAUAUGUUUUUAUAAAAAGUAAUUUUUUGGGACUAAUUCCACUGUUUCUUUUUAAUUAAGGACAUAUUACUUAACUAACCUAUAACCCUGAAUCAAUAAAUGGCAAGCAUGAAUAGGCUGAAACAAUUGCUGUGUGGCUAUGAUUUAUCUUGUACUGUAUUGGUAGAACUCUGAUGAUUGAUUUUAUCAUCUCGCUGACUGACCAGAAACUGGCACUGGCUGCUGUCUCAACUGUUCAGUCGUACGUAGUGUACUGUCCCUAUUGCUGACACUGGCAACCCUGGUAACAUUCGGGUCACAAGUUCAGGUGAUGCGCAUCAACAGAUGUGGAGGGGGCACAAACGAUUUUUCUUAAAGCUUUUUGGUGGCCUCAUCGCGGCUGGAUGACCCGCGGGGAUUUAAAUCACAGACAGUCUGUCCAUGCUGCUGCAAGGUAAAUGGAAAUGACUCUCAUUGAUUUCUCUCAUUUGUUUAUAAAUUAAAUCACAGAGGGGAAUGCCUUUACUUUUAGUAAAACAGGACUACCGAAAGGAGCAAGAGAGGAAAAUAAUAAACAUGAUGCUAACCGACUGCUUGCUUAUUCGUACAUUUUGAUAUGCUUUACAAAUAUGUGAUGCUCCAUAUUCAUGAUAAAUUUAAAAUCUGUCUUCGAUGUACAUUUCCUUUUUUUUCCUGAUAAAGGUAUGUUGCAAUUCAUUAUUUGUAUGUAAUUAUAUGUGUUGAUAUGAAAGGACUUAUGCAUUAUUUUAAUUGGUAAAUCAACCUUUGUGGGAUUACAAUAGUCAGUGGAAUAAUAUUUUUCAUACAGUAUUUGUUAAUGAAAUACAGAUUUUAAAACAAACUCCAUAGAAAAUAACAUUUACAUAUUUUAAGAUGUAUUGUUAAAUACUAAUGUAAGGAAUGUAGUUGCUAAUUGUUAAACACCAAAUUGUGGCUUGAAAGUUGGCUGUAUGGUUUAUAUAGAUAUUAAUAUGACUAAAUGUCUUAUUUCACAACAACAAAAAAUCCUUGGUUUUAGGUAAACCCUAAAUGCUUUUGCUCAUUAUUGGAGAGGAAUGUCCCUUUAUGUCCAAUUAGAAUUUCUGAGCAAUAUUUCUGUCCAAUGAGGGGCCUUAGGCUCAAGAGCCAUCCCAAAAGGCAAGAGUUCCAUAUAGCCUCUUUAACAUGAUAAAAUUGCCUCCAUCCUCUCUCCACCCCUGCCUUGCCUCCUACUGACAGACACAACGAUGCCCGUGUAAAGAUGGGGGAUUGGAAUUUUCUAGGGGGGAUAUUGGAGGAGGUGCAUAUCCACUCCACUAUGGUGGGAAAGAUCUGGCUCACCAUCCUAUUCAUCUUCCGCAUGCUGGUGCUGGGUGUGGCGGCCGAGGACGUGUGGAACGAUGAGCAGGCCGACUUCAUCUGCAACACGGAGCAGCCCGGGUGCCGGAACGUCUGCUACGACCUGGCUUUCCCCAUCUCCCUCAUCCGCUUCUGGGUCCUUCAGGUCAUCUUUGUCUCAUCGCCCUCGCUGGUGUACAUGGGCCAUGCUCUCUACCGCCUCCGAGCCCUGGAGAAGGAGCGGCAGAAAAAGAAGGUCCUGCUGCGUCGCGAGCUGGAGCUGGUAGACGUGGAGAUGGUGGCAGCUCGGAAAACGAUUGAGCGAGAGGUGAGGCAACUGGAGCAAAGCAAGCUCAACAAGGCUCCGCUGUCGGGGUCCCUGCUGCGCACCUACGUGGCCCACAUCAUUACCCGCUCUGCCGUGGAGGUAGGCUUUAUAACGGGCCAGUACAUCCUCUAUGGCUUCCAGCUCUCCCCUCUCUUCAAGUGCGAGCGUGAUCCUUGCCCCAACGCGGUGGACUGCUUCGUCUCCCGGCCCACAGAGAAGAGUGUCUUCAUGGUCUUUAUGCAAUGCAUCGCAGUAGUCUCCCUCUUCCUAAACAUCUUGGAGAUCAUGCACCUGGGCUACAAGAAGGUCAAGAAGGGCAUCCUGGAUUACUAUCCACACCUGCAAGACGAGCUUGACGACUUCUACUCAAGCAAAACCAAGAAAGACUCCAUGGUGCAUCAGACAGGCAUUGCUUCCUCCGGCUGCAAGCCCACCAUGGCCUCCGCGCCCAGUGGCUACAACCUCCUACUGGAGCGGGCCCAGGACGGUCACACCUACCCCUCCCUUAUCAACCCCUCUGCCUUCCUCCCUGUUCAGGGUGAACUGGCUGGUAAACAGAGUGUGGAAGAACUAAAAAAUGCUGCACAUAGCCUGACAGAGCACAACUCCAACUCCAAUAACACCAGCAGUGACAGCCGCUCACCACCCUGCGACUCACUGACCCCGCCAAAGCAGGAGGAGCCAGAGGAGUCUGCAGACUCUCCCAUGCGCCCAAGGAACGCAUCUCACGCUUCCUCCUGCCCGACAUUGCUAGUAGGUGCCGGAAGGAAAACAUGGAGGGUCAAUGCUCCCUCAAAUUGUUCCACAGUGGUGGAAGGCAAAAGCUCAGACACAGAUUCUUAUGGGGGUGCUAAGGCCAGUGGUGGGUACCAAGCCCGGACUGCAUCGGAACCCAAAAUGCGUCCCUCCACCCCAGAAUCACUGGAGGAAUCAAGUUCAGGGUCACAGCAUAGUCCGAGACCACCCUCUUCCAGUCGCCGACCAUCAUCCACAAGCAACGCAAGCAGUAGGCGAGCCCCCACAGAUUUACAAGUUUGAAUGCCAAGAGUAAAAACCUUAUCUUUUCCCUUAUCAGACAAGGAAACUUCAGUUCAAACACAAGAUCAGAAGAACUUUACACGAGUUGUGACAUUGUGCGAACUGCUUUGGAGGUGGAUCUGUUGCAGUAGCCCAGUAAAAUGGAUAGAUCUGUUUUAUAAGAUGGCACCUCUUUGUUUCUGGACUGUUGAACUCCUCUACUUGGUAGUUUAUUUUUGUAUUCACCAGCUUCAAAGCCUCUGUCAUACUUUGUGAUGACGCAAGACAUCGAUCAAACAUUGGGUGUGGGGAUUUUCUGUUGGGAAUAUUGACCAGCUUUUAAGUGUUGCAGCUAAAACAGGAAAAAACAACAGUACAGAUCACACAGCAGUGACACCGUUGAAUGGUUUCUGUGUGUUCCGGUCCAUUUUAAACACCAUUGUUUAGAGAGAAACCAUGAAAAUAUGUCUUAGUGCUAGAACUAUGGCUAUGUUUAGACAGGCAGUCCAAUUCAGAAUUUUGAUUCAUUAAUUGGUCUUUUGAACAAUCAAAUCAGCUCUGAAAAAGAUCUGAUUGGUCAAAAGACCAAUUAGUGGAAAAAUAUCAGAAUUGGGUUGCCUGUCUAAAACUCAGCCAAAGCAGCUUAUUGACCACUGAAAAGAGAGUGUGUAGUCUAAAUAAUGUAUAUUGCAUGAAAGACCUAAUUUCAUAUUUAUAAAAGCUUAUAUCUAGAUUUUUAUUUUGCAUUAACUAUGUCCAUACUAUCAUCGUAAAACCAUGUAUGACGGUUACAAUGGCCCUGUUGAUGAACUUGUCUCCACGUUCUUUUAGGCACAGCUUUUCUGUUGUUGGGGCAUUUCAAUUAACGCCAGCAGAGCCUCUGGGCACACAGUACAAAAGUGAUAUCAUGAUGUAAGAUUUCUACAUUGUAACAAAUAUGUUAAUGUGAUUAAAAAAAGGAAAAGACCAUUAUGUUACCGUUUGUUUACUAGAGACAAAGCAUUGGUAUGCAGUAGGCUGAAGUACACUGAAAGCAGAAAAAGGGGGGUUUGCUUUUAUGAGAGGGAGGAGACAAUCAUAAAGGGACAAAAGCUAUAUUUCAAUAUAUCAAAUAUACAAAAUAAGUUAAAUAUUUAAACAGAGUAUAAAGAAAAUAAAAAAGAACAGAGGUGUAUAAACUCCCUUGCCUCCCGUUGUUGGUUUUGGCUUGUCAUAAAAAUCAUAGUUUCUAACAAACUGACUUCAAUAAAG